UAAUCCACCUUUGGUAUAAAAGCGAAAAUGACGCAAAUCGUGGCCCGAUUUUAGCGCCUGAUCUUGACAGUCCAAGAUGAAGACCAAACUAGCGACGGUUUUGUGUAUUCUAGUGACCAUAAGUGUUUGUAGUGCUUUAUCUUUACCUUCAAGUUUCAAAAAAUGCAACGUAAAACGGGCGAAUUUUAACCAGUGUUUGACUGAGGCGAUUCGUGACGCUGUCAGACAGCUGGAUAAACCCAUGCCCAAGUAUGGUUUGCCUGUAAUGGACCCUUUUGCCGUUCCUUACGAGCUAGGGAUUGUGGAAUUUGGUGACGCCCAGACUGGUGUUCACCAAAAGUACACCAAUUUUGUGCUAAAGGGACUUACUAACAUCCGAGAUGCCAAAGCAAGUAUGGACUUCACCAGUGACAUUCUUUCAUUAGAACUUAAUUACGAUCAGAUAAUUACCGAAACGAAUUUCGAAGCCGAAGGGAAGCUUAUUUUCUUACCUAUUAGUACCAAUUCCACGAACACUGUCACUCUUGAAAAACCCACGUUUAAAUUUAUUUUCAAUAUGGAGAAGUACCAAAAAGAUGGACAAUUGUAUUAUCGAGUUGUUAAAACUCAAGCGGCUAUUACAGCAAAUGAUGCGUCCUUCUACUAUAAGAACUUAACCAAGAAUCAGCAUUUGACAGACGUGAUGAACAAGGAAAUGACCAUCUAUGGAAAGGAAAUUUUUCGUCAGAUAGGGUUACAGUACCAGGCACUGUAUUCCGUGUGGUUUAUGCAGCCUUUCAGCAACUUCUUAGAAAAGGUGCCUAUUUCUGAAAUUUUUGAAAAUGUUUAAUGUUAACGUUUUUUUCGCAAUAAACACGGCUUUUUCUACUUU